ACAGAAACAAGAGGAUAUAUAUAGGAAGUGGGAGGAGUUUAAAGCUUUACAACGAGAAGACAAAUUCAGCUACUUGGAACAAAAAGUUGCACUGCAGCGAGAAUUAAUUCAAGCUUACGACGACCUUUUCCUUGAGAGGCGAAUUAAAGCUGACAGAAAACUUCACAAGUGGCAAAAUGAAUUCUGAAGAAAAUGAAAAUCUGAGGAAAUCGGACCUACAAAAGAAGAAGGAAACAGAAGAAGCUCUGGUACAGAUAUGCAAGGAUGAAUUAGGUAAAGACAAGGAAGAGCAACUGACCAGAAGAGCCCAAGAGAGGGCAGCAGAGAGGAAAAAGCAGAAAGAUGAGAAAGAGCAAGCUGAAAGCGGAGAUGCCACAGUAGGAGGUGAGGAUGUUCCACCAAGCCCAGGUGGACAACGGGUAGGAAGCAGAAGGGUGUCAAUGGAUAGAAGAAUGUCAGAAGAUAGUGUCUUUGAGCCUCAUGAUGCUACAGGUACUCUCAUGGAAGAACCAGAGGAUACCAUUCAAGAAGAGCUGACAUUUGAUCAAUUGCCUCUUCACAAGCAACGGUUGUACACUCUCUUUGGUCAGGAUGAGGCUGAAUAUUUCCUUCAUCCAAGAAUUGAACCUGAGCGUAGAAAGGUCAUCAGAAUGCCACAUGCUGUAAAGUCACUGGGAGGGCGAGUUGGAGCUCAUACCUUGUGGAAUACAUUAAGAGACAGGUCACAGAUCAAACUGAAGUAUGCAGAUGCUCGUAUUCCUCUAGAACUAAAGGAUGCAUACGGAGCAUUUGUUAGAGAAUGCCUGACAAAGAACAAGACAGUAGCAAAGAGGAGUUUCUACAGCGAGACGGAGGUACCAGAGAAUGAGAAGCUACAGGACAACAGCUACAAGGAUCGAGUGAAAGAGACCCAGAGACGUAUGGAGCUCAUGUACCGUGCUGCAUUAGCUAAUGAAGAUAAGACUGGUGUACUCCUAUACAACAAUCCCAUGCCGGACUUCAAUAACUUUGAAGGCCAUGAAGGACCUCUUAGAUACCUCCCAUCCUGGCUUCAAGUGGACGAUGACAGUGAGGAAGGCUCAGAAUUUGAUAAAAGCUACAAGAAGUGGUUAACGAGUGCCUCUGAUAUGGAAAUACAACCUUUACAGUUUGAAGACAACUUUCAAAGUUAUGAUAUAGACAUGGUUCAGGAUUCCAACAACCAAGAAAAAGAAGCAAAUAAUGAUGAACAAUUCUUCAAUGACUUGGACUACGAAGAUGGCCAGACCGGUGAUCGCUCUGUUAGCUCUUUCUCCCUGCCUGACAUGAUCCUAGGAGGUGAUGAAGACACAGGUUAUCCUCGACCAAACCAAGACCGACCUAACCAGACAACCAGCAACCAAGACCCUCAGCUCCUACCAGGCAAUGAUUCAGGCAGUGAUGGACUGGAUUUAGAAGGAGUCAAGAAAGAGAAGAAAACUAAACUUGUCUUCUUGACCGAGAAGGAAGCAACAUGUGAAGGGCAUUUCCUUGAGAAUCUUGCAGCCAAGGAGAAAAAUAAAUCUGAGAUGGUGACAGGAGCUAGUGUAGAGGCUGCAGUAUCAGAUACUAAGACACCAAGAGAAGGUCAAAGUUCAAGUAGAAGUGGAAAGCCAAAGGUCCGCUCCCUCACGGCACCAGCAACUUUGGGUAAAGCGGAAGACACCACACCAAGCACUGCAAGGACUUCAGGGACAGGAGGUACAAGACAGGGUCGUAGUUCUAGGCCUACCAAAGGACCUGGAUGGGAACCACUGACUAUGACAGCUCUUAAUGAUCAUAAACCAGCCAUACAGUUGUUUGGAGGAGGUGACUUUGCUCAUGGUAGUGAGUUCUUGUGGAAGCCAGUUCUAUCAACUACAACAGCUACAAAAGGAUCAUAAUUGGAUGCACCAUGGUAGAUAGGAACCAAUGAGGUCUGUUUAGGAGUCUAUAGGCGCUGUCACACUUAGCUGUUUCAGCCAGUGUAUGUUGUCAUACAUAUGGCAAGCCAUUUCACCAUUCAAUCCUAUUUACUGAUAUCAAUGUAAUUCAAUUUUUUAUAUAAAGAAGUUGAAUAAUUGCUAUCACAAACUUAUUCUUGAUUUCAAGAAAAAAAAAAAUUCUAAAUAAAUGCCAUUCGUUUCUUGCUAAUAAAUGUCCAGUCUUGAUAUAUUAAAUGGUAUAUAGAAUGGCUUGUCAUAUGUACAUUGGCAUAAUUAUGCUGGCAAGAAAAUCCUGUGUGACAGCCUCUUAAAAGAGGUGAGUUAGCUCUUGGAUUUUAUAGUGAGCUUUUGUGGAAGCCAAUUCUUUCCACGAUUACAGUUACACACAAUUUAUAGCUAACACACUUACUAAGGAAGAUAAGUUUUUGAUGAAAUGAAUUCAUGGUGUCAGUAAGGAUAAAUUGUCUAUAGUCAUUAAAAGAAUUCACUUUUAGAAUCAAAGAUUUUACAAAUUACUUCCAAAUCAUAGAUACUGUAUGGUAGGGCAACAUCAUGAACAAGAAAAUGCAUCUAUUAUUGUAUUUUUGUGUGACUUAAACAAAAUGAAAAAAGGAUGAUUUAGAUCUCUGGGCCCUGUCUUACAAAGAGUUACAAUAGAUUCACAUUAAACCUGCGAUUGGUUUAGAAUACCUAUCUAUUAACUACACAGAAUUUAUUCAAUUGUAAUUUGAGUUUAAUUUGAAUCUUUCUCAAUUCUUUGUAAAAUGGGCGACAUUGCAUUAAACUUACCAUUGAUGAUAAAUUUGCCAUCACUACUAAUUUUGAUAGAAAGUUUGAUUGUCAUUGGAUGUCAAACUGUAUUGACAUGUAGGUUGCCAUUGAUGAUCAGUCUAAUGCAACAGGCCAAAUAUAUAAACUAUAUUGUUCAUUCACCUUGUUAUUGGUAACUCCUUUUCUGAAUCAAUUGCAUUCUGUUCAAAGCUAAAUAUCCAAAGAUGGUUUGUUAUUGGUAUUGAUAUCUUUGUCUUUCUAUUCUUCAAAGAGUAUAUCACUCUUGAUAUUCCGUCCAUCAUUGUUGAUGUACUUCCAAGGUAAGAAACAGAUCAGUAUGAAGUUAAAAAAACAUUUCAACAAAUGUAAAUACAGAUGUAUAAUUAUGUUGUAAAUAUAUUUUUUAAAUAGUUCUAUAUUUUAAAAUUAUCAACUCGUAUUGUAUAGGGCAAUGAAUUGUUACGGUAAAGCUUUGAAGUGAGAAAUGCAGAUUUUUGUUACACCAUAUCAUCAAUAUCUGCUUUUUUAUAGUUUGAAGUGUAGAUCAUACACACCCACUUGUCUUUAUUUUACUUUCAAUGACUGUAUGCAGCAUAAAUAAUGUUAUAUUGGGUUUUUGUUGAUCUUGAAAAAUCAAUGUAUUUCCACUCUAUGAUUUCUAUAGGAUUCUUAUUUAUAUUCUUUAUAUUCUAGGUUCCUGUUUCAUACAUUUUGUCAACAAUAUAAAUCCCAUGACCUGUGAAUGAACAGUUAGAAUCCUUCCAUUUGAUUGGCAUAGAGCAAUUAUUGAUAUAGAACCAUAGCAUUUGGCUGGGGGGGGGGGGGGGGGGACGUGCCGCUUUGAUGACUCCCCUUUUUCAGACGUAAUUUUCAGUUCUCUAGAUACUCUGAAUGACAAAAGUUCCAUUCUGAAGCCCCCCCCCCCCGCUCGCAAGACCCCCAUUACGACACAUCUCAGUUCCCUAGCCCUGCCAAAAUUGUUCAGCGAGAGCUAGAGCUGCACGCACGGCUUCACAACUCCCUCUGCUAGCAGCUCCAUGCACUGCUAGUGCCCACAUAUACAUACACAGCGCUAGUUUGCACCUUACCUACUGUACCGCGAUCCCGUUCUGUAGACCCUGUUUUUUACACCGCCCAGUACCAUAUUCAGUUCCCAAGACCCUGUAUUUUACCCUUGUGGUCAGUUUCUUAGACCCUCAUUUCAGGGUUUUGUGAGGCACACCCCCAUCAAAAUAUUAAGUUGAGUGCUCCCCACCCCCUCCCCCCGAGGCAUUUGGUGUUGUGAAUGUAUAUGCAACAGGAUCCCUCAAGUGUUGGGAAGUAGUUUGUUAACCAACAGAAUACAUUGAAAAUGCUGACUGCAAUUUGUAAAUAUUCUUGGGUUUUUAUUGCUGAUACAUUUGCAACGUUUGUGAUUUUCUUUGAAUAUAUCUUUUUAUAGAUUUUGUUGGCAUCAAUCUAUUUGGGAAAGGAAUAAUGUACUUUUUAUUGGCAUAUCUCAAGAAACAUGCUUAUAAAUUAUUUCAAGAAAAUAAAGGAUUUGGUGAGAAAUAUCUUGAGGUGGGAAGCAUUACAAAGCUAUUGAAUUUAUAUCUUUUUAAAGACAGUAUUUUGAUUACUCCAGUCAUGCCAGAUAUAAUGGAGUCUCCAGUCUAAAUUGUUUACUUUUUGUGUUGUGAAGGAAAUUUUGGGCUCCUUUUGUUUGAAAUUAUUGUUUGUAAUGCAUCAUGCAUUAUGUCUUGUAGUGAUCUGCAACUCCCAUUUAAUAUUGUUUGUGAAUAAAGAUGUAUUAAGUUUAA